CGACAUGUACUCAAAAUGUGGGAAAGUGGAAAAGGCCAAAAGGGUAUUUGAUGCAAUGGGGAAGAAAGAUUUAGUGGCACUAAAUGCUAUGGUUUCAGGGCUUGUCCAGCACAGGCGUGAAACAGAAGCUCUGAGUUUGUUCGAGGAAAUGAAACCACAAGGAUUGAAGCCUAAUGUCGUGACAUAUAACGCAUUGAUGGCAGGAUUUUCUCAAGCGGAUGACAUGACUAUGGCAUCCAAAGUCUUCGCCCUGAUGCAAGAUGAGGGAGUAGAACCAGAUGUCGUUUCUUGGACUUCUCUUGUUUCUGGGCUUGUCCAGAACUUCCACAACCGCAAAGCUUUUCAUGUGUUUAAGCAGAUGAUGAAUGCUGGGAUACUUCCAACUUCAGCGACGCUUAGCAGUCUAUUGCCUGCUUGUGCAUCUUUGGCAAAUAUGAAACGUGGUAGGGAAAUUCACGGUUAUGCCAUAGUGAUGGGAGCUGAAAACGAUGUGUAUGUAAGGAGUGCUCUCAUUGAUAUGUACGCGAAAUGCGGGCUUAUUUACCAGGCAGGUAAACUAUUCCACACCAUGCCCUCUAAAAACACGGUCACCUGGAAUUCAAUGAUCUUCGGCUACGCAAAUCACGGACAUUGCGACGAAGCCAUUCACCUCUUUGAAAAAAUGGCGAGAGAGGAGGAGGGUAAAAUGGACCACUUGACAUUCACAGCCGCUCUCACGGCUUGCAGUCAUGGUGGGAUGGUCAAGUACGGAGAAAGCGUGUUCAAGAAGAUGGUGGGAGAACACCGAAUCAUACCAAGGUUAGAGCAUUAUGCAUGCAUGGUGGAUGUGUUAGGAAGAGGAGGGGAGACAAGAAAGGCAUAUGAUUUCAUUCAAAGAAUGCCAAUGGAGGCGGAUUUGUUCGCGUGGGGAGCGUUGUUAGGGGCGUGCAGACAGUACGGGGAUGUGGAGAUAGCAGAGGUAGCUGCUAAAGAGUUGGUCAAGUUGGAGCCUUUGAGUGCAGGGAAUGGUGUGUUGUUGUCUGGUCUAUAUGCAGAUGUGAGCAGGUGGGGAAAUGUUGCUAAGGUGAAAAUGUCCAUAAAGAAGAACAAGAAGCUCCAAAGGUUUCCUGGGUGUAGUUGGGUGGAUGUUGUUGCAGAAGCUGCACCAAGUUAAGCCAACUUGGUUGUUUGAAAACUUUAAUUGGUGCAACAUUGCACAUUUGCAGUUAAGACUCAUUUAUAUGGAGGAUUAGAAACUUGAAUUUUUUUAUUGAUGAGUUAAAUCCUUGAUAUGGAGAAUGUAAAAAGUGCAUUGCUGCAGGGUAAAGUAGGUCCAAGUGAUUCAUAGAGUGGAUUUGCUAUAUUCUGUUUCUAACAAAAACAUCUUCCAUUUUUAAAAACUACUCCGUAUAACAAAAUGGUGUCCCUCGGUCGAAAAUGUGAUAAUCUGGCGAACAAAUGCUGAGUUGGCAU